AUGGGCUUGGUAGAUUAUGGUUCCGACUCGGACUCGGACUCUGAACCCGUUCAGCAGCCAGUAGCGCCCACACCUGUACCCGCCGUGGCUCCCCCGACCACGAAGAAACCGUUUCAAAAGCUCAUCGACCGCUCCGGCUCUGGCUCAGGCAAAAUCAUUGUCAACCUAGGCAGCGCAGGCACAGAUCCCGAGUCAAAACCGGCCGAAGAUGAACCACCAGCAAAACGGGCCAAGACAGCUGCAGGAGGAUCCAGUCGGUUUAGCAGUUUCGGGUCUUUUCUACCAGCACCCAAGAAGACGGCACCCAUAGCCAACACUGCUUCUACAUCAGCGCCAGCGGGCGACAACAGCAACAAGCCCAAGCCGAUCGUGAAUCUUAGGACUGGCGCAGAACCUGCUUUUUCCAGAACUGGCAAUGACAAUGGGGACGGUGGCUUUGGAGGAUCAGAAUCGACAUCAGGGUCCGGCUUUUCCUCUGGACUCAACCUUCCUGCACCAAAGAAGACUCCGGCAGGGCCAUCAAUACCAGAAGGACAGAAGCCCGAGGAGGAAGUAAAGUUGGUUGGAAAGCCGCUCAUGUUUAAGCCACUUUCCGUAGCAAGGAAGCCCCAGAAGAAGAAGGCUGUGACACCCAAAACACCAGCUGCCCAGAGUGUUGGGGACAAGGCGGCAACAACAACGGCACCAGCCCUAUCGGCACAAGACACUGUGGUAGCAGCACAACAAGCAGCUCCGAAAAGGAAGCAGGUCUCGCUUUUCUCCAUGGAGGAGGAGGAAGCCACCCCAACAACAACAGUAACAACAUCAGCCACAGGUGCCUACGAGCCCCUCUUCACCGCCCCGGAGCCCUCGACGAACUAUGAACACAAUGAGAGCGACGUAACAGGCGACUACGACUCUUACACCGCCCCUACCUCUUCCACCUAUAACUCGGCACCUAGCAAUGCAAGCCACCAGCAGUCCCUCGGCUCCAUAGCCGACGACCUUGCUCUGAACAAGACGGCACGCAGAGAGCUCUUUGGGCGGCAACGUGGAGGCAAGAAUAGGGAUGCCUUUGAGAUUCCAGAAGGCGCCAAGAUCGUAAACUUCAACAUGGAGCAGGAGUAUGAGCACAACAACGCGCUGAGGGCCUCGGGCGAGCAAGUGUACAACCCAGUGCGGGCGAUUGCGCCGGGCAAGCACAGUCUCAGACAGAUGGUCAAUAUGGCGCAGAGCAAUCAGUCUGCGUUGGAGGAUAGUUGGGCUCAGGGAAGGAAUAAUCGCAAGGACGCUGCGGGGAAGUAUGGGUGGAAGUGA